GAGCUCAAGCCCACGCUCUCAGAAACUCACACGCCGGAUCGGCGGACUUGUGCCAUAGCAGCGUUCUGUUCGAGCCGCACAUCGGGACAGCACCCAUCCCGAUAGCAUUCCAAAAAGUAUUCUCUGAAGGGCAGCCAGGGGCACAGGGAAAGGCAUCAGCAGCACCAGCACCGGCAAGCUCUGGAGGCGGAAGUUGUCCUGGGCACCUGUGGAUUUGCGCUGACGCUUAGGACCCCCGUGCGCAACUGAAGAGCAGCAACUCUGAGCCACGUCGGCGCGAAUGAUUGCGACGGCGACGCCGCCCACGUCGGCCUGUCCGAACGGCACCACGAGCACCGCGGGCUCUUCAGAGAGGUCAGGGAGCCAAAGGGAAAACCAUGGUAACAUGGGUGGCAGUACGGAUUUGAAGCAGCAGGUUCGGGAAGAAUGGAGAAAAGCACGCGCCCUCUCUUCGACUUGCUUGCAGCAGAUGUUCCUCGAGAGCCAAGGGCGCUCCCAGUUCUGCGUUGUUCGUAGUUGGGUGACGGGCGUGUUUGUGUCCUUCCAACGACUAGGCCGCUUCGGCACAACUGGUCAUCAGUUCUUCGAUGCUCGUGCAUUCUGAUUAUGGUGUUCCGGUGUUGUAACACUCUUCGUUACGCGAUGUGCCUGGUCAUUUCUGAGAAUUCGCUAGUCGUUGACAUGCAUGGUCAGGGAGCUCGAGCUUCUUCGGGUUCCGAGUGAUCCCCGUUGAAACCGAGCCAUCUGCGUAGCUGACUGCUUCGAUCCGCGAGUGUCGCUUACGUCCGGUCACAAUAUGCGGUUUACCGACUGCGAUCUAACUGCCAUGUCUCUGAGCUGGCACGCCACGCUCAGAAAAAACGUAUGGCCCUG